UCCAUUUGAGAUAUUUUAAUUAGGAUGCAUAGUUGUUGUGAGAUUAUUUAUGAUUGUAUGUGUACAGCGUACGUGGAGCGGCAACGGACACGCCAGCGGCGACGCGCGACCGCUCCCGGCCGGCGCCCCGCGAGAGCGGCUCGUUUAUGCUAAAUCUGUUCCGCGGCCGACUGGAGCCAACUCAGGUGUUUCCCUAUCCUGAGCCGCUGUCAGAUGACCAACGUCAGAUGCUGCAUGAACUUGUACCACCUGUCGAGAAAUUCUUCCAAGAGGUGAACGACCCGGCGAAGAACGAUGCGAACGCGGAAGUGGAGCCGGCGACGCUGUCCGGGCUGUGGGAGCUCGGCGCCUUCGGGCUGCAGGUGCCGGCGGAGCUCGGCGGGCUCGGCCUCAACAACACGCAGUACGCGCGCCUCGUCGAGAUAGUGGGCGCGCACGACCUGGGCGUGGGCAUCACGCUGGGCGCGCACCAGUCCAUCGGCUUCAAGGGCAUCCUGCUGUUCGGCUCGGAGGAGCAGCGCAGCCGCUACCUGCCGCGCGUCACGGCCGGCGAGUUCGCCGCCUUCUGCCUCACCGAGCCCUCCUCCGGCUCCGACGCGGGCUCCAUCAAGACUCGCGCCGUCCUCGCCCCGGACGGCGAGCACUUCAUCCUGAACGGGUCCAAGAUCUGGAUCAGCAACGGCGGCAUCGCGGAGAUCAUGACCGUGUUCGCGCAGACGCCCAUCGAGAAGGACGGGAAGACCGUGGACAAGGUCACCGCCUUCAUCGUGGAGCGCUCCUUCGGCGGCGUCUCCUCCGGCCCGCCCGAGAACAAGAUGGGCAUCAAGUGCUCCAACACCGCCGAGGUGUACUACGAGGACGUCAAGGUGCCGGUGCGGUGCGUGCUGGGCGGGCUCGGCAACGGGUUCAAGGUGGCGAUGAACAUCCUCAACAACGGCCGCUUCGGCAUGGCGGCCGCGCUGGCCGGCACGCAGCGGGCCGCGCUCGCCACCGCCGCGCAGCACGCCGCCACGCGCACGCAGUUCGGCCGCAGGCUCAUCGAGUUCGGCACCAUACAGGAGAAGCUGGCGCGCAUGGCGCUGCAGCAGUACGCCACGGAGAGCCUGGCGUACCUGGUGAGCGGCAACAUGGACUGCGGCGCGCAGGACUACCACCUCGAGGCCGCCGUCUCCAAGGUGUUCGCCUCGGAGGCUGCGUGGAACGUGGUGGAUGAGGCGAUCCAGAUCCUCGGCGGGAUGGGCUUCAUGAAAGCCACCGGUCUAGAGCGAGUCAUGCGCGACCUCAGAAUAUUCAGAAUCUUCGAGGGCACCAACGAUAUUCUUCGUCUUUUCGUUGCACUCACAGGCAUCCAGUACGCGGGCUCGCACCUGCAGGAGCUGCAGCGCGCGUUCAAGAACCCCACCGCGCACCUCGGGCUCAUCUUCAGCGAGGCCGGGCGCCGCGCCUCCGCCGCCGUCGGGCUCGCGCGCGGGCCCGACCUGGCCGCCCACCUCGCGCCCGAGCUCGCCCCGCAGGCGGCCGAGCUCGCGCGCCAGGUGGCCGAGUGCGGCCGCGUCGUCGAGGCGGUGCUCGUGGAGCACGGCCGCCGCGUCGUCGACCGGCAGUUCGUGCUCAACCGCCUCGCUAACGCCGCCAUCGACGCGUACACGAGCGCGGCCGUGCUCGCGCGCGCCUCCCGCGCCACCCGCCUCGCGCUGCCCGCCGCCGAGCACGAGCGCCGCCUGGCGGCCACGUGGGCGGACGAGGCGCUCGGCCGCAUCCCCGCGCUGCUGGCCGACGCCCGCGCCCCGCGCGCCCUCCGCCGCUACGACGCCUUCGCGCGCCUCGGCGCCGACGUCGCCGCGGCCGGCGGCCAGCCCUCCGUCAACCCGCUCAACCUGUGACCUUCCCGACGAGGAGGGGACGACGCAGUCGAAAUGAUACGACCCGUGUAGACUUAAGCGACGAUUAUAUUUAUUUAUUUAUCGGGACGGCCCGGCGUCCUCGUUCGGCGGCCGCCCCCGCCCCCGCCCUCCGGUCCCGGCGUCAGACGUCGAUCUGCAGCGAGGCGUCCCAGGCGCGCGCGUUGACCUGGCGCAGCGUGGCGCGCAGCGCGGCGCCGGGCCCGAGCACGAGCGUGAGUGGCAGACGGUCGGUGCGCGGGCGCGCGUACAGCGCGUGCAGCGUCUGCUCCCAGCGCACGGGGCGCGUGAGGAGGCGCGCCAUCUGGCGGCGCACGUGCGCGGCGUCC